AUGAAGGGCAUUUUAUUGUUCUUUGUAUUAAAUUUUUUCAUGGACGGUGCGUUUGGUGAGUCAGUAUCAGUGACAGAAGGAGAUUCGGUCACUUUACACACUGCUCUUCUUGAAAUACAGAAAGAUGAUGUGAUACAGUGGAGGUUUGGAGCUGAUGGUGCCCUCAUAGCUCAAAUCAAUAGAGCAGCCAAUAAGAGCUCUACAUAUGAUGAUGUUCUUAACCAGAGAUUCAGAAGCCGGUUGAAACUGGACAUACAAACUGGAGAUCUAACUGUCAGAAACAUCAGAACUGAACACUCUGGACCUUAUGAAAUGACCAACAGCAAACAUACUUUAAGGAAGAUAUUCAAUGUCAGUGUGGCUGUAGCUGCAGUGAAGUCAGUGUCAGUGCUGGUGGGAGAUUCAGUCACUCUACAGACUGGUCUUACUGAAAUACAAAGAGAUGAUGUGAUACGAUGGAGAUUUGAACAUCAAAACUCUCCUAUUGCUGAAAACAAUAGACAGACUAGAAAAGUCUUCAAAUAUGAUGAUGCUGAUAAGAGAUUCAGACACAGACUAAAACUAGACUAUUUGACUGGAUCUCUGACCAUCAAGAACAUUGGAACCAAUCACUCUGGACUUUAUGAAGUGGACAUCAGUACCAGCAGCAUCAAACACACCAUACACAAGACAUUCAAUGUGACUGUCAGCGGUGAAAUGAAGACUGUGUCAGUGAUGGAGGGAGAAUCUGUCACUCUACACACUGAUGACACUGAAGUACAGAGCAAUGAUCUGAUACUGUGGAUGUUUAGAGACACUGUCAUAGCUGAAAUCAAUAAAACAGCCCAAAUAUUCUAUAUAUAUAAUGGUGACAACGGACAAUUCAGAGACAAACUGAAGCUUAAUAACCAGACUGGAUCUCUCACUAUAACAGAAUGCAAAACCUCAAACUCUGGACUUUAUGAACUGAAUAUCAACAGCAACAGACAUACUGUACACCAGAGAUUCAUUGUUACUGUCAAUGAUGAAGUGAAUCCAGUAGUAGUGAUCGAGGGGGGUUCUGUCACUCUAAACUCUGAUACUAAAAUACAGACAAAUGAUGCAAUCCUAUGGAAGUUUGGAAAGGAAAAGUCUCCUAUAGUGAAAUUGAAAGGAGAGACCGAGAUCACUAUGUAUGAUGUCCCUGAUGUGAGUUUCAGAGACAGACUGAAUGUGGAUCAUCAAACUGGGUCUCUGACCAUCACAAACAUCACAACUGAACACGCUGGACUCUAUAAACUAAAGAUCAUUGGAAGUAGAAAACCCUCAUUCAAGAGAUUUAUGGUUUUUGUCUCUGAGAAUGGUGUAGUGGUGCAGAAGACUCCUAAUCCAA